AUGGACCAGAAUGAGGAUGCGGGCCUCGAGGAGCGCUUGAAAUCUGCUCUUUGGUUGUCCAUUGGAAAAAUUGUGGACGAGGAAACUAUUAAACUUGGUAUCAAUGCGACUCCACAAUUUAUUGGGGCCUUGACGGAACUUGUCUGGGUACAGAUAGAGACAGCCAGCCAGGAUCUUGAGGCCUUUGCAAAACACGCUGGUCGGUCGACAAUCAAUGUAUCGGACGUAAUGAUGCUUGCACGCCGGAACGAGGGCCUGGAGUCUAUUCUACGUGCUUUCGUGGAGCAGCAACAUGACCAGGAUGCUUGA